AGGUUCUAAAGCGGGGCGGGGGGAGGGGGCGUGGGAGGGGGAGCGCCGGGCAACGGCCGCUAACGGCCAACGACGGGCAACGCCGGCUGUGGCCCCGCUGUCCUCCCCGGCCAUGGAGCUGUCGGCUAUCGGGGAGCAGGUGUUCGCGGUGGAGAGCAUCCGCAAGAAGCGUGUGCGGAAGGGUAAAGUAGAAUACCUGGUGAAGUGGAAAGGAUGGCCCCCAAAAUACAGCACAUGGGAGCCAGAAGAUCAUAUCUUGGACCCUCGCCUGGUAGUGGCUUACGAAGAAAAGGAAGAGAGAGACCGUGCUUCAGGGUACAGAAAAAGAGGUCCCAAACCAAAGCGCCUCCUACUGCAGCGGCUGUAUGGCAUGGACUUGAGGAGUGCCCACAAGGGAAAGGAAAAGCUCUGUUUCUCUCUUGCACGGAGGUUUGGAGGAGGAGACAGUAGCCUGCCAGGGGCCAAGACAGGGCAGGCAGAGUUCUCAGAGAAGACUGGGGGAACAGUCCUGCCAUUCUCUCUCCGGAAGCAACGGAAAAACCAGAAGUACUUGCGACUGUCAAGGAAGAAGUUCCCCCGCAUGGCAAGUCUGGAGAACCGAAACUGCAGGCAUGAGUUCUUCUUGAAUGACGCGGUAGACCUGGAGGCUCAGCAAAGCCCUGAGGACUGGGAGGCCACACAGCACACCAGCAAGGAAGCAGAUGUGGAUGGCAAUCUCCCUUGGAUUCCCACUGUGCCCCCCAGCGAAGUGACAGUGACAGACAUCACGGCAAACUCCAUUACCGUCACUUUCAGAGAAGCACAAGUGGCUGAGGGCUUCUUCCGAGACCGGAGUGCGCAGUUCUGAAUCUUCGUUUUUCAGUGCUCCCCAAAUCUAGUGCUUUUAGAGUGGGGCUAGGGAGGGCUUAUUUUAUCCCUUAAGAAAAAAGAUCCAAAACGUCUCAGAAUGUUUACAGAGACCUUUUUUCCUUCUCCUUUUUCCCCUUUCAGAUACGCAAAAAAAAAAAAGGCAGCAUGGGGGGGGGGGGGGGGGGGGAGGUGUUUGUCAUUGCUUUGUCCAUCUGAAAAACUGACAGCCCUUUCCCUGGCAAAGACUCCCCUCCUAGAUGUCAGAGCAGCAAGCUGAACGAUUUGGCUUUUAUGCUGCUAAGUGGCAGCAGCUGCAUUUGUGGGGAGAGAGUAUGUGGAGGUGGAAAGAGAGCUAGGCCUCUAGCCUGCUGCCUUGUUCUGCAGUUGAUACCCCUUGGAUAAAGACAUUUCUCUGUGCAUUGCUCUUCCCACCUUCCUCCUCCCUCUCUUCAUGCAGCACUGAGAGACGAUGGAUCCUACCUGUGUAGAUAACUACAACCUGUUAAACCUUUCCCUCCAGUGUUGUUUUCCCUGGGGCCUGCUGUCAGGACUUCAGAACCGUAUUUGCCUGUCUGUGGUAAGUAAGGCUGUGCAGCGCAGCAGGUCCUUGUAGACAGCAGAGGUUUCUCUGAUCGUUGGUCAUAUAGGAAAGAUGGAAACGCAUGUCUGAAAUGUAAAUUGGAUAACUAAAUUCAUUUUGCCCUCGUUAAAAGCCCAGAAACCCAGCGUAGUUGAGGCAUACCUCAACUAAAUGUCUAUGCUAAACAUCAUUUCCAGGCUUGUCUGUGUUGUGUGAGAAAUGUGUUAUGAAAAGUGGGGUUGUUCCUAUCUUCUGCCAAAUUCUGGCUUGAUGACAAAUGCUGCCCUGAAUCUGUGAUGGUAGUUGGUUGAAAUCUGACUCUCCUUCCCUGGAAGGAGGGGCCGGUAAGACAACUGAAGCAUUGCCUGGCACUGCAAAGAUAUUCGAGAUACUGGCACAGGCCCAGGACACAGAAAUUGGACAGAAUUGAGCUAGAAAUGGACCUUGAUUAGUGGUAAAUUCUGUUCUUGGAUGCUAUUGGGAGAUCCAAGGUAAACAACAUGCGGAGAAGUCAUGCAUUAGAGUAGAAGGGGGUGGGGUUGGGGAAUCAUAAUUCUUAGCAAGGAGAAUGCUUGGAUUGCACUGUCUGAGUAAUAUUCUUCCAUGACUCCAGUCUCCUCACAGUAUCUGUGAUCCUGUACUUCUUUACUGAUGGAAACUUCCCCUUGGAAGGCUUAAAACUUUGCCAAGGAAAGUGGUCUGCAUUUCAAUAGACCCUGCCUGAUCUUGCACUUAAAAAUGCCUCAUGCUGGACUGCCUGUGAUGCUUUGAGGUAUUUGAAGAAAUGCUGUAUUUUGAGUUGGUAGCUUAGCAUAGCAUUUGUUCCUGCCUGUGCAUAUUCUGUUCCAUUUUCUUGAAAUCAAAUUUUAUUUAAGUAACUUAAAUUUUUAAAUACAAACAUUUUCCUAUGGAAAGCAAGAGAAGUAAGCUACAGUCUGAGGUGGGAACUGCCAGAGAGAGCUGCAGGGGUACGCUGGCUGUCGUGAUUUCCAUCCUUAACUUCUUUUGUUCCCUCUUCCCACUGCACACAAAGCAUUUCUUUCCUGCUGUAUUUAUUCUGUAUGAAACUAUGAGCCUUCUGAGCUCGGAGGUAUAGGCAUCUGUGGAAUUGGGCAGUGUGCAGCAGUUCCUUUGAAAGGCUUUGCCUGCUGGCUUACGGAGUUUGGGAGCUUUGGGACUUCUGGUCAUCCAAACAUCUGCUUUUUGCAAAAUGCUUGGGCUGCUCCCUGAAGCUUUUAUUAAAAGCAGGUUUUACCUCAGAUAGGAUGUGACAGGUCAGUGCAGACUUAAGAUUUCCCCUUCUAUCUCAAAGCUGUUUAAGUAGGCCAGUCUUCCACUGUGUCAAGGCAUUUUCAGGACCACGGGGAAGAUCCUGAAUGUCUGAACUAACCUGUUGUCUCCCAGAUAAGUGACAUGGAAGUUUAAUUACGGAGAAAUCAGAGAGGGUGAGAAGCGAAGGGGGGGGAUAAUUAUGUAGUGGAAGGAAGAGUGAGCAGGAAAGAAGCUUAGAACAGCUAGCAAGGGCAAACUGAUGAGGUAAGCAUGCAGGCCCAGGAUGUGGGUGUCUGGAGCAAGGCUUCCAAAUCUGGAAUUGUAUCACAUAAAUAGGUUUGCUCUCUUCUGCAGUGUGUGAGGUUGCACGGUGUCAUUCACACAGUCACACCCUACACACACACACGUCCCCCUCUUCCUGACAUUUGCCAAACAGGCAGAAUACGUUCAUCUUCCUUCUUAUUGUGACCUGUGGGCAUUUAGUGUGUCUGAGUCUGCUCACCAGGGUUGCAGUAGGUCAGGUAGUCAGUUAUAGAAGCACAAUAUUUUAGCUCGUUUGGGGAAAAUUCUUGAACUCCAGCUCAUCCUGCUGAAUCUUCAUGGCAUUUAUGGGAUCUGUUUUCUUUAAUGCAGUUACUGCCACCUUUGCCUUCAUCACGUUGUACAAACACACCAAAAUCCUUCCUACUUAUUAAGGUUCCUGUCAUCAGCUGCCCCUGGAAGCAGUACCAAUCCCGUGGCAGGAAGGAGCUUGUCACAGAAAACCAGUUCCUUCAUCCUCUGCUUUUUCUUCCACUCACCAGCUGAGACUUUUUAGUGUUUUGUUUUAGCAUUUCUCUUUAAACAUCUUUUCCUUCUCUUACAGUAAAGGUUUUCAAAAAAACCUGUGGUGCUCUUUCAAAGAGGAUACACCCACAGCUUCAUCUCUUAAUCACGCUUGGAUCAGGCUAGCUUAUAUUUUUUGUGGUGACUAAUCUCCUGACCACAUGCAGUGUUGAACAAGGUACCUGGCUCCCAUGCUGCUUUAGGUACAGGUCAGUUAGGAGUUAACCACCAGGUUAAGGUGCAGCAGGUUGCAUGUGCACGGGCUUGGUUUGUGUGUGUGAGGAGGAGUUUGCAGUAGGAAACUAAGCAGUUACUGUGGGGUGGUUUGGUUUGGUUUUUUGCUUUGGGGAUUUUUUUGAUUUAUCUUUUUUUGUCUUUUACAUUCACAAAUUCAAUGUCCAGAAUCCAUUAAAGAUUUUUCUUUUGGUCUUUCUAAUACUCUUCCAUAGUAUCUGGUGACAUAUCAUUGUAGACUUCCUUGGUGGAGCUGGUCUUCAGGGACUUAAAAAUUAACUUCAUUCCACUUCUGCCAGUGUGGAGGUGUAUGGGGCUCUUUUACUUUUAAGGGUAGUAGGGCUCCUCUGGGUUCACUUUUCUCCCAAAUCCUGUCUAUCUUUAGGUUCAAUCCUAAAUCUGGAUAUUGAGCUGGAACUUCUAGAGCUAACAUACGAAAAUCGGAUGCUGUGCUCAGAGCUUUGUUACGCAUUCCAUUUGAUUAGGAGAGCCAGAAUAGCAUCCAGCUGAAGCAGAGUUUAAUAACUCUAUUCAAAGCACAAGCUGAGAAUAGAAAUGGGCUAACUCUCCCAUACCUCAUUUGGCUCUAUGGCUGUAAACAAGGAAAACAAACUUCAGCCAGUGGAACUUAAUGAACUGUGCACAAGAAACAAACUCUCAAGGAAGAACUCUUCUAACAGUUGUUCCAAUGUGAGAAUGACCAGCUAUGUUUGGGGGACAGAAGUUUAUCUUUCGUCAGUCUUCUCGCAGUAACUUCACUGUGUAUGAUGUGACAGGACUGAGGGGCUUCGUGAGAUGAGAAAACCUUUCUUGUUAACAGUGGUUUAAAAACAAUUGGAAAGGACUGCCUCUGUUCCUGGCUGGUUACAGACUAGAUGUUGUUGCUCAGAUAUGUAAGUGAUGCCUUGGAACAGCAAGUUUUAACACGUAAAUAGUGGCAUUAAGUAGCCUUGUAGCUCCUGCAUGCUCCUUUAUUGUCUUGCCUUUGCUUGGGGGCCCUUUUGCUUGUGAAGUCAGACCAAGGUAUUUAUUUUCUUUUCUUUUUCUUUCUCAAGCACAGCCAGGGUAUUAUUAUGAGAACACCCAGAUGCCAUUCUGUUGUCCAAAAUAAGCUUACGUUUGUUGGUGAACUGACCCUUACUUAUGUCAGAGCCUCGUACAGCAAGAAGCUUAUUGAGAAAGGAAUGGCUCUUUUUGUUGUUGUUAGUGUUGUGAAACUAUCCAGAAUUGUUCUCUUAGUGUUUUGUGACUGGAUGUAUAAAAUUGUUUGUUUGCCUCACAGGGAGCCAGUGGCCCCAGUGCUGUUUCCUGCUCUGUGGCAGUCAGUGUUGUUUGAUGGUUUCUCUGGAAUAGAGAGGGGAGGCCUUGCACAGGUCAAAAAAUAGGCAGGUUUAGCUCGUGUAAGACCUUCAGUGGUAGCCACAACAGAGGCUGGGGUGCGGAAAACAGAGUGAGAGCUGUUAGCCACAUCCAUGCAUUUGAGCAAAGCUGAAUCUGCUAUCGCUUCCCCACCCCUUCUUCUCCUCUCAGGUUUUCUGAGGUAGGGAAAGUGUGGAAAACAACUUUUCCUAAAGCUAAAUGGUAUCUAUUCUUCCUCGGCUCAUCCCUUGCUUGCCUGCAGUGUGAGAAGAAGAGGGGUGCUGGACUUCCUAGGAAAAAAAUAGUAAGGACAGGAAGAGAGGGAAGGAGGUGCCUCAGGUUUGCUCCUGCUAGGUUGCAAAGGGCAGGCCUUUGGGUUUACCUUAGUCUCCAGGAAGAGUGGGAAAAUUAUACGAUGGGGAAGGAGCAGGGGAUGAAAUGAGGCCACAUUCAGCCACUGUUCUAAUGCUGUCCCUUCUGCUCCAAAGCCUGUGAUCCCUCGCAUCAGCUCUGGUGUGUCAGUGCUUCAGAGCAGUCAGUGGGUGGAUGGCCCUCUGAGCAGGCCAUGCAGAGAGGAAGUGCUCCAUUCGUGUCUCUCUUUUAUCAUUUAUUAAGCAAGGGAGGCGUAUGCUGACAGCUUAUGUAGGGUAAUUUCUACAUGGAACUAUACAGCAUUAGUAUGUAUAGGUGAAGGGAUCGUGUCUCUUUCACUGUUUUCAAAAUAGUUGUCCCCAAGGGUACAGUGAAGUCGAUCUUGAGACAGUAGGUUAUGAUGAAGAGGCCCACUGAAUCUGACUGCCGUGGAGCUGUCUUUGCGAGGCAGCAUAAACCUUCUGGGUGUUGAAGCACCCAUGUUCCAACCAGGCAGCUGGGAAUGCCCAUGGAACUGUUGAAGAGAGAAGUAAUCGCUUAGAAUGGAACUCAAAUGGACUUCUCAAAUACUUCCCAGGUACUUCCUUGCUUUUCCUCUUCCAGCCCUCUUCCCUUGCCCCCUUAAGUUCUUAAAGUACGAUGGGUUAUCAGGGAGUGGGUCAAGGAUGAUUCCCAGCUAACAGAAAUGAGCAGAGCUCACUGGGAGAUCGUAAUGGCUGUUAGGCCUAAGAAGGAUGCCUACCAAGAGGGUGUGGGUAGAAGCUUUGCUGCUGGAAUUGUUUCCGUUUGCUGUGGGACAUCCUGCAAACCCUUCAGGGGUUCCUGUCUGAAAUACACCCUGAGUAUGUCAGAGACCAGCAAUUGGGUAUUGAAGGAGAGAGCUUAUAAGAAUGUUCAGAACCUCUUAUCAGCUUAUCUUGUCAGUGGGAUAGCAGUUGUGACUGGGAGGGGGAUUUCAGAGGAAGUGGAAAGACUUGGUUUUACUUUAUUUUUAACCAGAAAACGUGGUGUCAGCACAAAGAAGCUCUUUGCGAGUCUGUCAAGAUGUUAAGCAGCUUUUUAUUUUUUUUUCUUUUUGCUUUUAGUCUGAAGCAUGUUUUGAAGCACUUUGAAAAUGCAAAGCACUAGGAGUGCAAAGUACUCCUUGUCGUCUGCCUGAAAGUGGCAUUUGAAAAGCAUUUGAAAAGCAUUUGGUGAGAUGGAUCUAUUUCAGGUCGCUAGCUGUCCCUUAUUUUUCCAGAGCUCCCCCACCCAGCUCUUCGCUUCCCUCCCAUGGCUGAGGGGAGCCGUGCUGAGUGGAGGAGGCUGAUCAAGGUGGGAGGGGAGGCUCACAGGGUUCCUAACCUGUGUGCUGGCUUCCUCCCCAUCACCUCCUUUAUCUGAGAAAAGGGAGAAGAGGAGGAAGUUCAGUUGCAGUGGUCCUAGUCUGGAACUCUGACUGCUUCUUCUAGCUCUGGAGAUAUCUUUAUAUCUGGCCUGAAGAAUUGCACCUUAUGAGUCUAGGGUAGGAAUGGGGAGGCACCUGUCCUCUUGCAGGUGGUGUGGAAAGGAAGGAAGGCUGAGCCAGAAGCAGUCUUCAGGAAAUGCAGGAUUUUUCUGCAGGCUGUUUGCUCACCUUAUCUCCAACAUAACAGCAACCAAAUAACUAACAUCAUCCAAAUGAAGCUUUUAUUCUGCAUAUCUGAAGGGCCUUUUGAGCAGGUUAGGAUGAGAGGCUCUUCUUUCUUACCUAGCGAGCUCUACAGUCAAAGGAACCUUAGUUCUCUCCUGGGGUCUUCGGCUCCAACCUUCCCCUCAGCUUAGACACUCCAUUUGGACUCUUUGCACACUGACUCAUCUAACGUAAUCUGCUUCCCUUCUGCUGGGGGGCAGAAGAUGGGCUCUACUGGGAGAAGAGGGUCCCUGGUUCUCGUUCACGUCUCUUCAGCUGUUGCUGUUGUUUCUGUCAGCACGCUUGAGUAUGAGAGUCUUUGCACACAGAAAGCUUCCUUUUGCACAGAACGAGCUUCUAGCUUUUGUACUGACUAAUUGAAUGUAUUGGGGAGGGGUUGGGGGGCGGGAGGGAAUAGGCCGUAAACCAAUUCCACAUGAACCAAUGGGGGUAUAAUGCCUUGUCUGAGCGAGCGUGUGCUGUAAGCGGAGGUUGUAAUGGCAAAGGGAGGGCAGGCUCAAGUCUGAUUUGACACAAAGUGUGGUUUUAUUUUUGUACUGAUACGGAUAAGAGACUGUACAGCAUCUAUUUAUUUAGAUGAUUUAUGUGGUAAAUGUUGCAAACAAAAUUAUGAAAAUAUUAAAUAUGAAAACUGACAUUUA